AGGAGAGGAAGAGGAGGAGAGGAGAACAUGAGGAAGGUUCAGCUGUCAGCCCCCCCACUCCCUGUAGCCCCGCCCACCUGUCGCGUGUCACUUCCUCCUCAGACAGCGAGGACUUGGCCCCGCCCCCUCUGUCCUCUGGCUCCAGCCAAUCAGAGCAGAGGAAGAGGAAGCCCAGAGGGAGAGAGGACCCAGAUGAGGAAGAGGAGGAGGAAGAGGAGGAUUCUGGGAGGUUUGUGGGCCGGAUGGCCUUCUCCUCCCGAGGGGGGGGGCAGGAGCUCACGCUGCACCGGCUCCCCCACAGGAACCAGCGAAGAAGAGAGGGGGGAGCAGCCGGCCAAUCACAGAAGGAUGUGAGCGUGGUCCGGCAGAACGGUUACACCAGCUCCUUUUCCCAGCAUGCCUUGCUCCUGCAGCCAGCCCCGAGCCAAUCAGAAGCUCUGGACAUUUCUUCAGGACGAUGGCGUUUCUGUGACGUCCCGCCUCCUCUCGCCCUCUCAUCCAAUCACGAGGCUCUCCACCUCUGGCGCCUGGUCUCCUUUAGCCCCGCCCCCAUGCUGCGGCUCUCAGUGGUUGCCGUGGAGACACUGUCGGAGCUACUGAGGGGCGGGGCUUGUGUUCGUCCGCUGAGACCCCUGAGAGACUGGACGGCCCCGCCCAGCCUCAGCAGUGACCACUGUUACGUGCGAACGGCUAAACCGAGUCCAGCCUUUUCUGCUCGGCGACAGCAGAAACAGAGAGCCAAUCACAGCUCCCGGAGCCUCCACCCCCCCUGGCGACGGCCCCUCCCCCUGCCCCUGUGUUCAGCCAAUGGCCUGUCUGCUCCGCUGGCCGUCGUCCAAUCAGCAGCCAGCUCCCAGUUCCUCAGCUCAAAUGAAGAGCGAGGGAAACGAGUCUCUCAGAUACGAAUCCGCCGGGCGUCGCCGCGGGAAACGCUGCUGACCCCGAUGGGACUACCAAAGGUCAAAAGGUUAAAGAAGAAGGAGUUCAGUCUGGAGGAGAUUUACACCAACAAGAACUACAAAUCCCCCUCCACCAACAGGAGUCUCGAGACGAUCUUCGAGGAGCCUCGGGAGAAGGACGGAGCGCUGCUCCUGAUUGGCCAGCAGAGGAGGCGCAGGCUCCUCCUCUUCCCCGACUUCACGCAGCCGAGGAAGAGGAAGAGGGCGGGACUUCCUGUUGCCAUGGCGCCCAGGAAGCGUGUGGCGGCGCGGCGCCACGGCAACGGAGACGGAGAGGAUGCAGACGCUGACGUGAUGCUGCUGCAGCGACUCAGCGCGCUGGAAGACUUCCUGACGCAGCAGGGCCUGGACCUGUGACAUCACUUCCUGUCAGCUGACCGGAGGCUGCUCGCUGCUACCGCUGCGUUACCAUGGUUACCCUGGUGAUGCCGUCAGCACGUCGGUCUGAUGAAGCGGCUUUUUACUUUGUUUGGACUUUUUUCUUUUUUUUUUUUACAGUUUAGGCUGUUUUUAAAAUGUGAAACUUCUGAAAUAUUUAAUAAUGUUUUUAACAGUUUUUAACAUUCAGGAGGCCCCGCCCACAUCAUAGGCCCCUCCCACAUCAUGCAUCAUAGGCCCCUCCCACAUCACAGGCCCCUCCCACAGCAUGCAUUAUAGGCCCCUCCCACAUCAUGCAUUAUAGACCCCGCCCACAUCAUAGACCCCUCCCACACCAUGCAUUAUAGGCCCCUCCCACAUCAUGACUCAGAGACCUCGUGACACCACAGGACUUUAAUUUUACUUUUGUUUCCCAAAAUAUGAAAAGACUUCACUGUAGAACUCCGAGUACUCCGAGUACUCUGGGUAUUAGUACUUUAAAGUGUAAUAUAUAUAUUUCUGCUGACAAUGUUUCUAUUUUUGAAACAAUAAAGUUUGUUUCUGCUCACUGAA